AUGUCUCAUCGGAAGCUGGGCCUACCCGCUCUGACACGAGCUCCGGCUGAGAGGGUUGUCUUGGAAGGCGAAGGCCAAAUAUCCCCAGAUCAUGCUUACAACAUAGUCGCACGGCGCAAGGGCCUUGCAAAAUGGCCAGUCGAGACAUUCCGCCGCCUUUCGCUUCGCAGCGAAGCAGAUCCAACAUUCCUGAACGUGGAGAAAGCAAGUCGCCGAUAUGCCCGCAUUAGAGAGGAGUGGGUGAGCGAUCCGAGCAGACAAUACGUGGUCGACGUCCUCCGACAGCACGAGCUACCCGGCGGUUGGCAGAUUGGGCAAGCUUUCUGUCUCGGGCUCAGCAGUAACCCUGUUGUGGAUCCGGUCAGAGAAUUCAAAUAUGGACUAAAUGCAACAAGACGCUUGCUCCAGCAGCUUGUGUAUUUCUUGGACGUCUUCUCAUUGGUCUCCGAAUGGUCGCAAACCACGCCAAGGGCCUUUGUGCAGGAACUCGAGCGCGACUGGACCGAAUUAGAACAGGAGAUGCUGAUGGCACAUGGGGCCGAGGCUAUACGUUUCCCUACUGCGGAAGAGAAUGUAACCAGACCGGACACUUUCGUGUAUCUGCCAUGCACACCUUACACAACUUCAGCUGACCUGCUAGGCCGUUGUCUGCCUCUCCAGCCAACGAUCGCCCUGCUUAAUGCUGAUUAUGUUGAGGAGGAGGGAGUUGAGAACGAUAAGCCUACUGCUAUCCGGCGUCUGAGAGCCAGUUUUCAGAGGGCUCUGGAGAUCGACGAUUGGUUGGCAGCUGAAGGAGUGGCAUUGGACGAUGGCGCGGACGAAGAAGGAUCUCCGAUGCAGACCGAAGCCGUCAUGAGCAAAGGAUAA